UUUAUUUUUGUACUCUUCCCUCCCUAUUUCCCAUCAUUCAACCCACACUUCAACAAACUUUCACAUAAAAAAAAUAUUUUCAGGGCCGACUCAACCAUUUUAGCAGUAUAAAUCGUAUUACAGUAACAGAGAUUCAGAGUCAUGAGGUCGAGUAAUCAUCUGAUUGGUUUGUUAAACUUCCUAACCUUCCUACUAUCAAUUCCGAUUCUCGGGGGCGGAAUAUGGCUAAGCACGCGCGCAAACAACACCGACUGCAUGCACUUCCUCCAGUGGCCGUUGAUCGUUAUCGGGGUCGCGAUCAUGGUGGUCUCACUAGCCGGGUUCGCGGGCGCGUGUUACCGGAACACCUUCCUCAUGUAUCUUUACCUUUGGGUCAUGUUUUUAAUUAUUGUUGUGCUUAUUGGGUUUGUGAUAUUUGCAUAUGUGGUUACGGAUAAAGGGUCGGGUCGACCCGCACCGAACCGGGCUUAUGAGGAUUAUUAUUUACCCGACUAUUCGGGUUGGUUGAAGGACCGGGUCGCUAGUGAUGAGUAUUGGAGGAAGAUAAGUUCUUGUAUUCGUGAUUCGGAUGUUUGUAGGAAAACGGGUCGGGUUGUUGGUGGGUACCCGGAGUCUGCUGAUGUGUAUUACCGACGCAAGCUCAAUCCUAUUGAGUCGGGAUGUUGCAAGCCACCAACAGAAUGCGGGUUCACGUAUGCAAACGAAACAACGUGGAACCCGAUCAACUCCGCUUUAACGGUGAACAAUUACGACUGCAACCGGUGGAGCAACGACCAAGAGCAACUGUGUUACAACUGCAACUCGUGCAAAGCCGGCGUGCUCGCCAGUUUAAGGAAGAGUUGGAGGAAGGUGUCGAUUAUCAACAUCGUUGUUCUCAUCCUCCUAGUCAUUGCCUAUGUUGUUGCGUGUGCGGCUUUUAGGAACAAUAGGAGAAUGGAUAACGAUGAACCGUAUGGAGAGACCCGCAUGGAGAAAUCCCGACCUAGUUGGAUACACUUUUAGUUUGUCUUGUAAUGGGAAAGCAAACGGUUCUUUUUACUCGGAUUUGUUCUUAGUUGGUUACAGGUCGAAUACAUACGUAUAUGAUUUGUGUAUUUCUUUGUAAUAUUUAAUGAUUGUCUAGCGCUUUUGAUCCCCCCCA